CCGGUUUUUCACAACGUCGUUUCAAGUCUUGGUAUUUUGCGUAUUAUUGUGAUUCGUCUCAAGUCAGGUGGUUUUGACGUGACAUUUACCAUCUCCGUUAGUAUUGAAAGUAUCAAAUUAAAAGGUUUCAUUUCUGACCAAUCAUCAUGGCUGAGGAAGCCUUUGAACUGACCAGUGGACCCACCUCAGAUUUCGAAGUGCUGAGUGGUCCAGCAUCCGAGGCAACAACUCCUGUCAGCCUGAGCCACAUUAACCCAAUGACUGGGUCACAGGGGUCAGGGUCAAUAACAGAUAUCACACUAGAACAAGUUCUGGCCAGAGUCCAUGAUCUGUCGAAGGAAAACGCAGAACUCCAAAGUUACUUGCGGGAAAAUAAUGAGACGAUGAAGCGUCAGUUUGAAACUUUCUCAAAGUUGAAGCAGACAAACCGAGAGAAGUUUGACCAGAUAAAAUCUCUCAUCAUCAGUUUGAGAAAGGACAAGGAUGAACUACAGGAACGCAUCAAUGAACUGGAACAGACGUUGAGGGAGAGAGAGAAUGACUUCCUAACUCGCCUUCGCACCAUGGAGACGGCGAAGGCCACCAGCCAGCAGGUUGCCAUUAGUUUGAAGCGACAGGCAGAAGAACAGGGGAUGUCCAUGACGGAACCAGACAUUAACAUCCAAGAAACGGUCAUGGUAGCCAUGAGUGCCGAGAAAGAAGAAAUGAUCCAGGAUCUUGAGGACAAGGUGAGAAUGCUGGAAAGCAACAUUUCCGACCUGAACGACACGAUAGCGCGACGGGAACUCGAAGUGCAGCAGUUCCAUGCAAGUGCCGACCAGCUGCUGAAAGACCUGGAGUCAACGCAGGCCAUCAAGGACGAUAUGCAGAAAGAAAACACCCAACUCAGCGAGGAGAAGUUCAAACUCCAACAGCGACUGCACGGCUUGAUUUCCGACACCACCACCUCUCUCCGGCUCGUCGAGAGAGGUCAGAGGGCGGCACAUCCAGACGUGGAGGGUGAUAGACUGAUGGGGAAGGCCGAGUCGGAACCAGUGGAGGUGACUCAGCUCAUUGAUCAGUUACAGAGAGCUCAGAAACAGCACGAACAAGAGGUGUCGGAUCUCAAGCAGGAAAUGCAAGAAAAACAUGAAAAGGAGAAAUCAGUCGCUGAACAGUUGAAGUGCUGUGAACAGGAAAAAGCAAACCUGAUUAAACGACAUGAGAAUGAAAUCGCGAAGAUCAAUAAAGAACACGACCAGAAGAUGAUGGAGUUUAUCAGACAGCAUGAUACAGAAAAAGAACAACAGCUGCAGUCGGUGGCCUCGUCACACGACAAUGACGUUCAGUCACUGCAAUCUCAAGUGUUGACGCUGAUCAGCGAGGUGCAUGAGACUCAGACCAAGCUGGCAGCGGCUACCAGCACACUCGAGAAGAAAGACGUCAGAAUCAAAGAUGGCAAACAGAAGAUAACAAAACUUUUGGAAGAGCUAAAUUAUCAAAAGCAGGAAUCUGAUCGCAUUGUUGCAAAUCUACAAAUAGGUCUUGAAAACACCAAGAAGAACUGGGAUCAGGAACGGACAGAACACCAAAGGACAAAAUAUCACUUUCAAGAGCUACAGAAAUCUUUCAACCAGCUUGUUGAUGACUACAAGGAACAGUACAAGCAGGAUGAGAAUCAACGAAGCCAGUCUGAUCGCCUCAGUGAAUUAGCCGCACAAGUGAUGGCUGCCGACGAAACAAUCCGCACUCGUCAGGUACAGAUAGAAAACCUUAAUGCUGAGAAGCAGCGACUGAUAGACGAAUUCCAGGAGAUGGAAUGUGUUUACAAAGCACAGGCUGAGGUUUACAAGAUUGACUUUGACGAGGAAAGGCAGGCGCGGGAACGACAAGUGUGCGAGAAGGAGCAGAUUCUUCAGGACAUGCAGGAACUACAGGUGAACAACCAGAGGCUGAUGGACGACCUCGAGUCAUUGUCACGGUGACAGGUGACCGACAUGCAGCGAGACAGGCAAGGCAACGAAGGGUACAUUAUGGUACACCCGGACAUCCACCUGUGUUCAGACCCAAUCUAAUUAAAAUUAGCUCCACUAUUACAUGUGGAUCUAACAGCAGCCAGUGGGAGCUC